CGCUGUGAGCAGCAGAUGGCAGAUGGUGCAGUUACACGCUGUGAGCAGCAGAUGGCAGAUGGUGCAGUGCAGCAGCGCCACUUCCUCAGAGUGAAAGUGAAACUCAGCAUCUCUAUUUGGAGAGAACAUAACGGUCCAAAGGAGAAAAACAGGAGGAAACAUCUGAUGGAGGAGAGAUCAGACUCACCAGAACCCAGCUGUGUGUCCAUGAAGAGUGACUGGUCAAUGGAUCAUCCAUAUAAAUUUAAAGACCAUUCAACUGAUCUGAGUCUGAUUCAGGGAAAGAGAUCAGACUCACCAGGACCCAGCUGUGUGUCCCUGAAGAGUGACUGGUCAAUGGAUCAUCCAUAUAAAUUUAAAGAGCAAGACCUUUCUACUGAUCCAAGUCUGAUUCAGGGAAAGAGAUCAGACUCACCAGAACCCAGCUGUGUGUCCUUGCAGAGUGACUGGUCGAUGGAUCAUCCAUAUAAAUUUAAAGACCGUUCAACUGAUCUGAGUCCGAUUCAGGGAAAGAGAUCAGACUCACCAGAGCCCAGCUGUGUGUCCAUGCAGAGUGACUGGUCAAUGGAUCAUCCAUAUAAAUUUAAAGCACAAGACCGUUCUAUUGAUCCAAGAAUUCAAAAGAAGAAAUCCAAAUCUAAAAUUAGCAGCAGAACAGAACAAGAUCAUCAGAUGAGCACCACACCGCAGGCCAUGAUGAACAUUAACCUGAUAGACCCCAAUAAAACACUGCAAACCGAGCUGGACUUGGUCUCUGUGUGCCACCAAAAACUCAAAUCCAACCUGAGAGAGAAGUUUAAAAGAAUUAAUGAAGGAAUCUCACAACCUGGAAGCUCAUCACUUCUGAAUGAGAUCUACACAGAGCUCUACAUCACAGAGGGAUGGAGUGGAGACGUCAAUAAUGAACAUGAGGUGAGACAGAUUGAGACAGUGUCCAGGAGACCAGCAACACAGGAGACACCCAUCAAAUGUAAUGACCUCUUUAAAGACAAGUCCAUCAGAAGUGUGCUGACUAAAGGAGUUGCUGGAAUUGGAAAAACUGUCUCUGUGCAGAAGUUCAUUCUGGACUGGGCUGAAGGAAAAGCAAAUCAGGAUGUCUUCUCCAUGUUUCCACUCCCCUUUAGAGAGCUGAACCUGAUGAAGCAGAAAAAUCUCAGUCUGAUGAAACUUCUUCAUCACUUUUUCCCAGAAAUGAGAAAACUAGAAUUAAUAGACUGCAAGUCCUACAAAGUCUUGUUCAUCUUUGAUGGUCUGGAUGAGUGUCGACUUCCUCUAAAUUUCCAGAACAAUCAGAGAUUGUAUGACGUGACAGAAUCAGCCUCAGUGGAUGUGCUGCUGACAAACCUCAUCAAGGGGAAUCUGCUUCCCUCUGCUCUCCUCUGGAUAACCUCUCGACCAGGAGCAGCCAAUCAGAUCCCUCCUGAGUGUGUAGACCAGGUAACAGAGAUACGAGGGUUCAGUGAUCCUCAGAAAGAGGAGUACUUCAGGAAGAGGAUCAGUGAUCAGAGUCUGGCCAAUAAAAUCAUCACACACAUGAAGUCUUCAAGAAGCCUCUACAUCAUGUGCCACAUCCCAGUCUUCUGCUGGAUCUCAGCCAAUGUUCUAGAGAGAAUGUUGUGUGAAGCAGAGAGUGGAGAGAUCCCCAAGACUCUGACUCAAAUGUUCACAUGCUUCCUGAUCUUUCAGAUCAAACACAAGAACCAAAAGUACCAUCAGAAAUGUGACCCUGAUCCUGAGCAGACCAGAGAGAGUAUCCUGGCACUGGGAAAACUGGCUUUCCAACAGCUGGAGAAAGGAAACCUGAUCUUUUAUGAGGAAGACCUGAGAGAGUGUGGCAUUGAUGUCAGAGAAGUGUCAGUGUACUCAGGAGUGUGUACUCAGAUCUUCAGAGAGGAGUUUGGGCUUCACCUGGGGAAGGUGUUCAGCUUUGUACAUCUGAGUGUUCAGGAGUUUCUGGCUGCUUUAUAUGCAUUUCUCUCCUUCAUCAGCAGAAAUGUAACAGAACAAACCACUGAUCUGUCUGAUCUUUUCAGAAAGUCACACACGUCUGAUUUCCUCAGGAGUGCAGUGGACAAGGCCUUACAGAGUGAGAAUGGAGACCUGGACCUGUUCCUCCGCUUCCUUCUGGGUCUCUCCCUGGAGUCCAAUCAGACUCUCUUACGAGGCUUAAUGCCACAGACAGGAAGCAGCUCUCACAACAAACAGGAAACAGUGGAGUACAUCAAAGAGAAGAUCAGGGAGAAUCCAUCUCCAGAGAAAACCAUCAAUCUGUUUCACUGUCUGAAUGAACUGAAUGAUCAUUCUCUAGUGCAGGAAAUACAGACUUACCUGAACAACGAGGGUUCUCUGCACCUUCGCAGACCCUCUCUCUCUCCUGCUCAGUGGUCAGCUCUGGCAUUUCUAAUCCUAAGCUCAGAAGAGAAGCUAGAUAUGUUUUCUUUGUUUGGAUAUUAUCUAUCAGAGGAAUGUUUUCUGAGGCUGCUGCCAGUGGUCAAAAGCUCCAGAAUUUUUUCUCUGUGGAAGUGUAAUCUGACAGAGGAAAGCUGUAGAGUUCUGUCCUCAGUUCUCAGCUCAAACUCCUCCAGUCUGAGAGAACCGGACCUGAGUUACAAUAACCUGCAGGAUUCAGGAGUGACGCUGCUCUCUGCUGGACUGGAGAAUCCACACUGUAAACUGGAGAAACUGGAGCUGCGUGACUGUAAUCUGACAGAGGAAAGCUGUAGAGUUCUGUCCUCAGCUCUCAGCUCAAACUCCUCCAGUCUGAGAGAACUGAACCUGAGUUACAAUAACCUGCAGGAUUCAGGAGUGACGCUGCUCUCUGCUGGACUGGAGAAUCCACACUGUACACUGGAGAAACUGGAGCUGCGUGACUGUAAUCUGACAGAGGAAAGCUGUGAAGUUCUGUCCUCAGUUCUCAGUUCAAACUCCUCCAGUCUGAGAGAACUGGACCUGAGUUACAAUAAACUGCAGGAUUCAGGAGUGAAGCUGCUCUCUGCUGGACUGGAGAAUCCACACUGUACACUGGAGAUACUGUGGUUGCGUGAUUGUAAUCUGACAGAGGAAAGCUGUAGAGUUUUGUCCUCAGUUCUCAGCUCAAACUCCUCCAGUCUGAAAGACCUGGACCUGAGUAACAAUAAACUGCAGGAUUCAGGAGUGAAGCUGCUCUCUGUUGGACUGGAGAAUCCACACUGUAAACUAGAGAUCAUAAAGGUUUGGAAAUGUAAUCUGACAGAGGAAAGCUGUGGAGUUCUGUCCUCAGUUCUCAGCUCUAAGUCCUCCAGUCUGAGAGAACUGAACCUGAGUCACAAUAACCUGCAGGAUUCAGGAGUGAAGCUGCUCUCUGCUGGACUGGAGAAUCUACACUGUAAACUGGAGAAACUGAGGAUGUCUGAGUGCAGUAUUACAGAUGAAGGUUGUGCUGCUCUGGCUUCAGCUCUGAGGUCAAACUCCUCAUCACACCUGAGAGAACUGAAUUUGUUUGGUAAUGAAGCAGGAGAAUCAGGAGUGAAGCUGCUCUCUGAUCUACAGAAGGAUCCACACUGUAAACUGGAGACACUGGACAUUGAGGUGUAUAUCGCUCCAGCUCGGCCCACCAGCACCAACACGAGUACUCAAACUUCAAGCUUCUUUUCUUGGCUAAAGUUUUGGUAAACCAUUAGAACCCGUCCCACAUUUCAAGCAGUUUGUAAGCUGAAUCAUUCAUACUCAGAUGUAGAAGUCCCAUAACGAUAACCAUGACUGAUCACAUCCUUUUAUACACUCAGCUACACAUUACUUCAGGCUUUAAUAACAUAUUUCACAAUCCAAAGUCAAAUCCCUCAGCAUCUACACACAACACAGUGAUACCUUAAGAGGAACCAGACUCAGACGCAAACCCAUCCUCAUCUGGGUGACACCGGAUAGUGCAAUUAUAAAUAAAUCCCCUCUAUAACAGAGAGAGAGAAAGAGAGGGAGAGAAGGAGAGAGGGGGAGAGAUUGUUAGGUAACCAUUUGUCCCGCAAUGGAUAAGGACAAUGUACUUGCAGAGUGCAAGCAGGGACUCGGCAAGACUAGCUAUGACAGCAUAACUAAAAGGGAGAGCCAGAAGGUAACACAUACAUGAGGGCACCCUGGGAUAUAGGGCAGCCAGCCACUCCACCGUCAACAAACCUGAGUGAACACGUGAGAGCAUAUGUAUAUAGCAUAUAUAUGGAAAAGAGCACAGAUACACAGAUUAAUGUUUCAUCUACAUUAAGCAGCAGCUAAUGACUACAACUAUACUCACAAACUCAACGACAAGCCUGUAGUACAUUACACGUGUUACAGUCAGCCUCGUGUCAGAUAGUUGGACAUGGAGCUGGACAAUGUGGAUGAAGUGGUUGACCUGGUGGUUGACCUGGUAGUUGAUGGAGCUGAACAAUAGAUCAUAUCACCACAAAUAUACCACAUAUUCUAUAGACACACUGUGAUGCAUACAAUACAUCAUUAAUAUUGUGCUAAAACAUUUUACUGUCACUUCAAGAACAAGGUUCAUGACUUUAAUGACUACGCUUAAGUGAAAACAGUGAUAAGUCACUCUUUAGGAACACUUCAAGAACUUUAAGGUUUCAGAUUCAUUUUUUUUACAUACAGUAAUGUUUUCCUCUGACAAUAUUCUUAAUUAUUCAUGAUUCAGUCUCAAUUUUUAAGGACACAGUCUUAAUUUUUCAGUCUAGUUUGAAAACAAAUCUGCUUAGUCAGGCUUAUUGAUAAAUAGCUUUUCUCUUGGGUAAAGGCACAGAUCUGGAACAGUUUUGGGAGUGUUUUGGUAAUUUAUUAACAAUCCACAGCUACAGACAUGAAACAAAAGAAUAUAAAGAGCUGUCAAUAACAUUACAUAAUCUAAAAUGAUUAUCUAUUCAAGAUUUUUUUUUCAACAUGAUUAUAUAUUCAAGAAUUUAUAUAUUUCUAUAGUUGUCCCUCACUCACACUGUGAUAAAAUUCCCACCUAGGCUAAAAUAGUUAACAUGUCAGCUAGCUAAAUUCUUUUUACUGCAGGUAAACCUAAAGUUAGCUACAACCUGGUACUGGGUAAAAACACAUUAACUAUCUGUAUCGAUUAUCAUUUACCACAAUUUCAUGUUGUAGCUAUCUUCACUCUGUAACUGCUCAUUAUUUCACUGUGUAUUUCAAUUUAAAUAAAGCCUUCUUUUAAUAAAGCUUCACAAGAACAGCUUUUCCCACAAGCCAUUUCCCUCAUGAACAGUUAACUACUUCUAGGUCCUUCUUAGUGUAUUCCCUCUUUGUGGAUACAAUUUUUGCGCAAUAUGUAAAUUCAUUCUUUACUAUACUACCUGUACACAUAUCCUUAAUGCUUCUGCCAUUGCCUUCACCUUGCACAUAGCUGUAUUAUAUCUGUACAUGUAUCUAUUCCGUUUAAGCCUAUUGGGUCUAUUGUACAGUGUUAUAUAUUCUCUCAUAUUAUUAUUAUUUGUAAAUUUUAUUAUUAUAUGUCUUGCCAUCUUAUUGGUAUGUGUGUUCUGGAAGCUUCAUACCAAGUCAAAUUCCUUGUGUGUGUGUGUAAGCACACUUGGCAAUAAAAGCU